GAAAUUUCCUUACGGCCUCUAGCGGCGUUGUCACAUGUCCAUCUAAAGCACUAUGACUGUGACAUUGACAGCCUUCUAAUUGUCUUGUAAACAGUUAAAUCUUUCGAAUAAAAAACCGGUGAAAUCCUUCAGUAUUCAUCUACGAAAUCCUCUGCGUAAAUUUCCGCAAUGGACACAAGUGACACAGAAAUGCUGAUCCGUCGCAAAAUCGAGCAGAUGAAGCAAUUUAACGAGAAUUUCAAGAAAAGUGCUGAACAGCCACCCCCAGGAAAAGCCAUUAGCGCCGCCCCCAAACCUCUGAUGAAUGCAGAGGCUUUAGAUCAGCUGAUUAGUGUGAGCAACCACGUCGUCGAAAGACAGAGCCGUGUGGUUGAGCAAGAGCGGGACUGCCAGCAGAGUAUGUGGAAGAUCGACAAGGAAAUCGCCCGAAUGAAGGCUGAAUACAGCACAUUGACAAACACGUUAGAGGAGAUGCAAAAACUGGACAUCAAAAUGGAGCUCGCAGCCCUGAAAAAGGCCAAAGCCAAUUACUCCAGCGCUUUGGACGUGGAGAUCCACACCAGAGACUUGGAAGAUGGUGAACAUUUUGUGGCCGUAGUGAAAUUCUCGACUGGAGAAGACGGAAACACUAUAAAUUUAACGAUUAAUAGGAGCACCAGGACAGUCACAGCUUUUGAUGCCAGCCAGAUAAUGUCGCAAGAAGAAGCCGCCGAACUACAACGAGCCGUAACUGUGCAGGAAGGGCGGAUAGACCUGAGGAAAUUGAUCGCCAUUGUGCGCCCCAUGUGCAGAGAAACAACCACAUAGAGCAACAACAUAAGCUAUUACAAUUAAAAGUUUAUUUUACAAACUUCUUGU